AGGAAAGUGAUUCUUGGCUUAGUGACGACACUUCCCCCCUCUUGCUGAAUCUUUAAAGUUUUCCCCACAACCUCGGCGUCGGGAAGCAGAAAGGGAAACCCUUUUUUUUUAUCUCUUAUUUUCUCGCUGUGAACCUAAACUCCAGCAUGUCUCCUCCAUCUCGGCGGCUUCAGACGAAGCCAGUGAUUACCUGCCUGAAGACUUUCCUCAUUUCUUACAGCCUCAUUUUCUGGUUCACAGGUGUGAUCCUGCUGGCUGUCGGGGUCUGGGGGAAGGUCAGCCUGGAGGCCUACUUCUCCCUCAUCUCUGAGGACAGCACCAACGCGCCGUACGUCCUGAUCGGGACCGGAGCCAUCAUUGUUGUUUUCGGGCUGUUUGGCUGCUUCGCCACAUGCCGAGGAAGCCCAUGGAUGCUGAAACUGUACGCCAUGUUUCUGACCCUGGUCUUCCUGGCCGAGCUGAUAGCAGGAGUUUCAGGUUUCAUCUUCCGGCACGAGAUCAAGGAUAAAAUCAGCAAGGCUUACGAGGGCGCAGUUCAAACGUACGACGGCAAAGACAACAAGAGCAAAGCAGUCGACGCCCUCCAGAAAAAGCUGCAUUGCUGCGGCAUGACGAAUUCCUCUGACUGGGGAAAAACGGAAUACUCCCAAAUUCACGGGAUUCCUAUGAGCUGCUGUAAAAGCAGCGACAACUGCACUGAAGAGAACCUGAGAGACCCGGGAAAAGCUAGCACACUCGUGUUCACUCAGGGCUGCUUUUCACUGGUGACCAGCGUGUUGGAAUCCAACCUAGGAAUUAUUGCCGGAGUCUCCUUCGGGAUUGCUUUCUUCCAGGUCAUUGGGAUUUUCCUGGCCUGCUGCUUGUCUCGCUACAUAACCAACAACCAGUACGAGAUGGUCUAGCAGUCACCUGUCACAGGUGACGGCUGGGCAGCUGCAGCAGAGCGAACGUGUUACAGGGAUGACACCUGACCAAAACAAAGGGACCUACAAGUUUCUGUUACUCACUCCAGUUUAGCUGUCAUUAUGUAGUUAACUUAAUAUUUGUGUUUCCUGUGCUUCAACUGCCUUGUUUUUCACUAAUAAGCUUGAUCUAGUGUAUAGAAAAUCUUCAACGCCACUUGUGUCUUUACAUGUGAAACUAAUGGGAGACAGAGAGAUCGCUGCUCUGGAUGAAUUAUGUGGAAGAGAGACGGUGUAUGGGCCAGUACUGAUGAACGGCAGCCAUUAUGUGCCAAUCCGCUCCAAUGACUCUGUGUUCAGUGUUGGUGUUGUUCUUUGGAUGCAUGUGAAAAAAAUAAAGAUGAAAUCUGGUAUCUUUGA